AUACGCAGCAGCCUCAUUGUUGCGCUUCUCACUAUCUCACAAUCUCAUAUCUUGCUCUCAAUCGAGUCUUACUCAUCGAUCGUACUCAUCGUCUGUCCGAAUGGCCAUUACUAAGGUUUUCUUUUCCGAUCUCAGGGCUGGGCGGUGCUCAUCUGUGGUGGAGGCGAGGCUUCUUCGGUUUUGGGAGGCUAAGAACGUCAAGCGCGAUGGGGAGCUGAUGUGGAUGGAUCUGCUGAUUGUGGAUGUAAACUUGACCGUGAUGCAAGUAACGAUCAGUCCCGGCCGUCUUCCACAGUUCUGUGACAGUCUCCGUGCCGGAGCAAUGUUUUCCGUCGCUGGAUUUGAGGUCUCUAGGUGCGUGCAGAAUUUCCGGCUCACCGAUUCGUCUCUGAUGAUCUGUUUCAAUGAGACCACUUCCUUUGAAGAGCUGACCGAGCCUUUUCCCGAUUACUCCCCGGAGAUGUUGUGA